AUGGCCACUGCUCAACUUUGUCAUUCCAUCAGAAUUCACAAGACAUCUAAGGAAACAAUUUUUCCAUCCCAAAUCACUAAUGAACAUGAGUCAUUGAUAAUGGUGAAGAAACUUUUUGCUACUUGUAUUUCAUGUAUAACAUAUCUAAGAGGUCUAUUUCCAGAGAGCUCUUAUGGAGAACGCCAUUUGGAUGAUCUCAGUUUAAAAAUUCUCCGAGAAGAUAAAAAGUGCCCUGGGUCACUGCAUAUUAUCAAAUGGAUUCAAGGUUGUUUUGACGCUUUGGAAAAGAGAUAUCUACACAUGGCAAUACUUACACUUUACACAAAUCCCAAGGAACCGGAGAAAGUGACUGAGAUAUACCAAUUCAAAUUCAAGUAUACAAAAGAAGGAGUCUCUAUGGAUUUUGACAGCCGUAGUACAAGCUUCGAAAGUGGGACAAACAGUGAUGAUGUUAAGAAAGCUAGUGUACUGCUGAUCCGUAAAUUGUAUAUACUGAUGCAGAACCUUGGCCCCCUUCCUAAUGAUGUUAUACUUACUAUGAAACUCCACUACUAUAAUGCAGUGACCCCACAUGAUUACCAACCCCCUGGUUUUAAAGAGGGGGUAAACUCACACUUCCUGUUGUUCGAGGGGGAACCUGUAAAUCUGCAAGUGGGACUGGUCUCCACUGGUUUUCAUAGCAUGAAAGUAAAAGUCACAACUGAAGCCACCAGAGUAUCUGAUUUGGAGAACAAUCUCUUUCAGGAGAACAGCAUUACUGAGAUUGCCCAUCAGGGUCUAGACUGUGAUGAAGAAGAAGAAGAAUGCAACAAUCAGAUUCAAAGACUGGAUUUUGUGUACAGUCAGCAGAGUUCUGAGAGCUCCAGAAAGAAGAGGAAGGUCAGCGAACCAGUGAAAGUCUUCAUUCCUGACAGAAAAUGA